AUGUCUGAUCAAAGUUAUUUAAUUACUAAUGAAAAUGAUAAUCCACCUACAUAUCAAGAUGCGAUAAAUCAACGCUAUGGAACAUUCAUCAAUCCCAGUACAGCAGCGAAUGCUCCACCAUAUCCUUAUACAUUUGAUUCUCAACAACCUACAGUAGUCGUCAUUGGUGGAUGUCCAGUCUGCAAAGUUGGCAUGUUAGACACUGAAUAUACUUGUUUUGGUCUAUGUUGUGCAUUCUUCUGUUUCCCUAUCGGAAUUCUCUGUUGCUUAGCACUCCGACAACGGCGAUGCAACUUUUGUGGAGCUACUUUACAUUAA